AUGGACAAUCAUGCCUCUCUUUUCCGCUUUCCGCGAAGUCUUCUCGAUCGGCUCAGCUCCCAAUCGACAACCACCACCAUAUUGACCGCUACGACUGCUUCCACCGCACUUUUCACAGCAUGGGUCAUCAGUGACUAUCGGGCAUGGAAGGCGCUGGGCACAGGUGGUACUCCUCCAACCCCACAAGGCUACUGGCGCAUGACGAAGUUGCGUCUCAUUCGCGCAUUCUCGUUCGACAGUCUACGCGACGCCUCAAAGCUCCGCGAGGAUGGCCCCAGCUACCUGAACAUCUGGCUUCCGAAUCGCUCCAAAUCCAGACCGAAGUCACAAAGCAGGACGAUGCCUCAGCGACAGGUGCCGGCGAAGUUGGAUGAGACUGUGAAGCAGCGCCUCCAUGCAUUGCCGAAGAAAUUUUGCAAAGAGAACCCGACGCUGCUCAAGCUCGAUCUUUCGAAUGUGGAAGGCAAGUCUUCUGACGCAAUAUACGCCUUGCCAAACCUGCCGAAUCGGCAUCCCAGUGCCACAGACCGAAUUCUCAAGGAUGAGAUAGCGCAUGCACAUCACGCAGAGAACAGCCUCCACGUGUGGCUGAGCCAGGCAGACGCAAGAAAGGUGGUCGAAAGCGGUUGGGGCGAGAGGUUUCCCUUGAGCGCAAUGGGAAUGCUUCAUCCGGGGUUGACGUUUGUAUACGCGCCACGGUCGAUGGAGGAUGUCGAUAUUAUCGAGGACAUCAUCAAGGCAGGGAUUGCGUAUGUGACCGGUGAAAGGAUAUGA